AUGUCUAACCACCAUCGUAAUCUAAGGGAACUCUUUUCUUCAAAAUACUCUAAACCUUUCUCCAAUUUUCCUUCCGAUAGAUUACGAAUUGGAAAAUCCCCUAUAGCAGUUGGCAACUUUAUACAAUAUGCAUAAAAAAAGAAUGCUGAAGACAAAUAAUAAAGAAAUCAUACACCAGUACAUACACCAAACAAAAUAAGAAUUGGAUAAGUUAAUAUAAAUGAAUAUGCAUUGCCAUAUAAAAAUCCAUAGCUUAGUUUUUUUAGUAAAGAUAGUAAUAGAUCAAGAUCAAAAAGUCCCAUGUAAUUAUCAAUAUAAAAAUCACCAAAAUAAUCUACUAUAGACACUAAAAAGAUUUUUGAAAAUGAAGAUUCUAUAAGUCUCAAUCGUUAGGCUUCAUAAAAAUUAUCUAAUCAUAAUAAAUUUGCUAGCGCCAACUUAAAAAUCAAUAUAAAUGAAGUUCCACAUAUAAAAAUACCUUAAGUAAGUUCUACUACAAAAAUAAAAGCCAAUAUAUAAAAUUUUGAGAGUAUAUUUAAUUCUUUGCUUGUUAAAUAUGAUUCUAUUUAAUAAUAGUCUUAACAACGUCCACCAAUUAAAAAGGUAUAAAAAGAAGAACCAGAAGAUGAAGAAUUAUAAAUUGAUACAUAGAUAUGUGUAACAAAAUCUAGUUUUGCUUUUCAUUUUGUUAUAGGCAAAGGAGGAUUUGGAAGGGUCUGGAAAGUUGAAUUAAAAAAAAGUAGAACAUAAUUUGCCAUGAAAGAAAUGUCUAAAGCUAAAAUAAUUGCUAAAAGAAGUGUAAAUUCUGUUAUGAAUGAAAGAAAUCUAUUAGCAUAAUUCAAACAUCCUUUUCUAAUUAAUAUGAAUUUCUGUUUUUAAGAUAGAGAUAACUUAUAUUUAGUAAUGGAUCUUUUAACAGGAGGCGAUCUCAGAUAUCAUAUAGGUCGUAUGAGAAGAUUUAAAGAACAUUAAACUAAAUUUUUCAUUGCAUGUGUUAUAUUAGCAUUAGAAUAUCUACAUAAUUCAAAUGUUAUUCAUAGAGAUGUUAAACCUGAAAAUAUUGUACUUGAUAAUAAUGGUUAUGCUAGGUUAACUGAUUUAGGAAUUGCUAGAAUUUGGAAACCUGAGAAUUCCUAAGAUACAAGUGGAACACCAGGAUAUAUGGGUAUUUAUAUCUUAAUAAUUAAAUCAAUAGCUCCUGAAGUUAUGUGUAGAUAGAAUCAUACUAUUGCUGUUGAUUAUUUUGCUUUGGGAGUAAUGACAUAUGAAUUUAUGUUGGGGAGAAGACCAUAUAAUGGAAGAACAAGAUAGGAAAUUAGGGAUCAAAUUCUAACAAGACAAAUCUAAGUAAAAAGAAGUGAAUUGCCUGAUGAUUGGUCAAUUGAUGCUGCAGAUUUCAUUAAUAAAUUAAUAUAACGUAAACCUAUUAAUAGAUUGGGAUUUAAUGGACCUAAUGAAGUGAAACAACAUCCAUGGUUAUAGAAUUUUCCAUGGGUAAAAUUACUAAAUAAAGAAAUUCAAUCACCUUUCAUACCUCCAGUAUAUUUAAUUUUUUUAUUUUUUAGCCAAUUUAAGAGAAUUUAGAUUAUAUAAAUAAUAUUAGUGAAGAUAAUGAUACUUAGGAUGAAUAAAUUGUAGAAAAUAGAUUGUUGUUGAAAAAGAAUUCAGUCUAAAGUAAGGAUUAUCUAAUAAUUAGAUUUAUUUUAUGGAUAUAGCUAUGAUUAAAACAUGUAAACUUAAUUAAAAAAUACCAAAAGUACAAGUAGCACCUUAGUAGUUAAUUGA